AUGUCCUCCAGCAACAGCGAGAAGGGCGCGCUCCUUCCGUGGUCUGCGCCGCACCCAGCCCACCGUCAACGCCGCUAUCGCGGACGGCGCGCCGGCUGGAUCCUCCUUGCUGCCCUCGUCUCGGCGUGCCUUUGCACCCUCGCCCGCGUGAACGUCCUCUCUGUGUCUAACCCGUUCGGCUACGCCGCCGCGGAGGCAGAGCUCUCCGCGCUCUGCCCCCAGGUCGCCCCGCUCAUCCCCGUCAAAAACAGAGAGGUGUGGGAGAGCCUCGGCGAGACAAUCAAGACGCCGGACUUCCUCACGCGCGCCGUGGACUGGCUCGGCGGGGCGGUCAGGGUUGCGACCCCGAGCUUCGACGAGAUGCUGGACGUCGGCGUGGAUCCCCGCUGGGAGGUCUUUGGGCCCUUCCAUGACUAUCUCCUUGGGGCGUUCCCGAAGGUUCACGCAUCGCUGGAGUUCACGAAGGUGAACACCUACGGCUUAGUAUACGUCUGGACGGGGUCGGACGCAUCUCUGAAGCCGCUGCUUCUGACCGCACAUCAAGAUGUCGUCCCCGUAAAUCCAGACACGUACGAUAAAUGGGUGCACCCACCUUUCUCGGGUUAUUUCGACGGCACGCGCAUUUGGGGUCGCGGCAGUCGGGACGACAAGAGCGGCCUGAUUGGCAGCCUGUCUGCUGUUGAGGCCUUGUUAGAGCGUGGUUUUAAGCCUACCCGAUCUGUCGUCCUCGCAUUCGGGUUUGACGAGGAAACCAGUGGACUUCACGGUGCUUACGCUAUCGGCCAAUACCUUCUUUCGACCUAUGGUGAGAAUGCAUUCGCAAUGCUAGUCGAUGAAGGCGGAAAAUUUGGCGAGGAGCACGGCGGAGUAUUCGCCCGUCCUUCGAUUGCCGAGAAGGGCUACAUUGAUAUUCGGCUCACCGUCACUUCACCCGGCGGACACUCGAGCAUUCCUCCUGCACACACGACGAUCGGCAUCCUUGCCGCGCUGCUCGUUGAGUACGAGGAGCACCCGAUCGAGGCGCAUCUGAAGCGCGAUACGCCGGUGUACUGGCAUGCGCAGUGCCUCGCCGCGCACGCGCCGGAGCUAUCUCCUUCCCUGCGCAGACACCUUGCCAGGUCGGUAAAAUCGGACAAGGCGCUGCGCAAGGCCCAGGAGGAGCUUUUCGAGGACCACACGUUCGAGGCGCUCGUGGGCACGACUCAAGCGAUCGACCUGAUCGACGGGGGCGUCAAGACGAACGCACUCCCCGAGAACGCGGUAGCGGUCAUUAACCACCGCAUCGCCACCGACAGCUCCGUCGGGGCGGUGAAGGAGCGUGCGACGGCGCUCUUCAAGUCUGUCGCGGCGGGCUUCAAUCUCUCCUACACUGCGUUCGGCUCGCGCAUCACUGACGUGGACGCGCGCGCGUACGGCACGCUCACACUUACCGACGCGUUCGGCACCGCGCUCGAGCCCGCGCCUCUGACGCCGACCGGGCCGGAUGCAGCGCCGUUCCUGCUGCUCUCUGGCUCGAUCAAGGCGACGUACAACGACCACCGCGCGCUGCUCGGGGACGGCAUCACUGUCAUGCCCAGUCUGGUGUCGGGCAACACGGAUACGCGGUACUACUGGCCGUUGACGCAGCAUAUCUUCCGGUACAGCCACACCAACGGGGGCAAUGGCACCGGGCUGGAGGGCGUGCAUACGAUCAAUGAAGCGAUUCCGAUCGUGGACUUUCUGGAGAUCAUCCGGUGGUUCACGACGCUCAUCCUCAACGCGGACGAGUCCACCACCCUCUAA